UUAGCGCCAGUUUGGAUUUUCUCCCCUUUUUGGGGGAAGACUACAGCGGAGAGAAAGCUGAAGUUUUACAUCCUAAAGACAGAAUAUUCGUAAAAUAACGGAUAUAUGCACAUUCCCCGUCGUAUAGCAUUCGCUGAAUGCUGAAUUGGCAUUGAAGAUAAAGCAUGUUCUGACUUUGUCUUUCUAGAUUGCCGAACAAAAGCGGGCUACCAAUAUAUCAAUAAUGGAUUGUGAAGAUGAUCUGGAUAUUUUGACGGCGAUGAUGGUUGAAAAUGAGGACUUAGGAGAGGAACAGCAGGUUGCAGACGACUUGGAUGGCUUGUUUGACAAUGAUGGCGAGGAAGGACAGUAUGUGGAGCCGGAGGAUGACUUUUCUGAGCUCUUUGGGGAUGUCGGUGAUAUAGAAGAAGAGGAAGAUGCUAAAGAAAGCAAAAGCAAAGCCACCGAAAGCCUAAACAUGUCCCAAGAGGAGUUACAAGAUGAAUUGAGGAGGAUGCAGGACAAAAUGCAGGCAUUGCAGAAGCAACUGCAGGCGAGUCAGAAGCCUUGCUCGUCUUCCUCAGUGAAACCAACAGGGACGUCACUCGCUUUUAAACCAUCACCACCUCAACAGCCUAGCCCCAAACAUACCCCACUAAGGCCGGCUGCCGUGACACAGAAGACCAAAAAUCAAUCAGUGAUGUCAUCUUCCACUCCAGUCAGGAGCCAGAAGCUGCAGGAGUCCUCUGUCUUUCUUUCCCAGUUGAACAACGCUGACGCCUUCAAACGCAAACCCAGAGUGGCUCACCAAGCAAAAACCACUUCAUCGGAAUCCAGAGGACCACUAGUGGAGAUUAAGAUCAGUAGCUCCUUCCAGCCAGUGGAAAGCACAAGUAAGGUUGCCACUCCUCUGCAGCAGUCUCCUCCAUCCACCCAGAGCAGACCCAGUCCGACUGCAUCAGCGGGACUGCCUAAACAGGGCUCUCUUGCUAAAGACGUGGCAGUGGAGAAAUACUCAGGGUUGCGGCUCAGGAAGCCACGUGUUUCGUCCAGCGAGAUGGACCGCAAGAUGGCUGACCGUCGCCUGAUCCGUUUGUCGCAGGUUCCGGAACGCCUGCUGCGUGAGAAGCUGGAGGACAGUGACUGGGUGACGUUUGCGGUGCUGGUCAGCAAAGCUACACCACAAAGUAGUAGCAGUGGUAAAACAUUUAGCAUCUGGAAGUUGAACGACCUCCAUAACUUGGAUGUCUUUGUGUCACUCUUGCUGUUUGGUGACGUCCACAAAGAGCACUGGAAAACUGAGACUGGUAGCGUUAUUGGACUCCUCAACCCAAACACAAUGAAGCAAAGAGAUGGAUAUGAUGGGGUCAGCCUGACAGUGGAUCACCCACAGAAGGUGCUGCUGAUGGGUGAAGCUCAAGACUACGGCACAUGCAAAGCCAUGAAAAAGAACGGGGACCCUUGCUCUCAGCUCGUCAACAUGUACGAGUGCCAGUACUGCCAGUAUCACGUCAAGGCGCAGUACAAGAAGAUGAGCUCCAAGAGGGCUGAGCUGCAGUCGUCGUUUUCCGGAAAAGCUCCCAACAAGGUGAACGGCGGCAGCCUGAAGGAACGGCUCUGUCGGGAUGGCUUCUACUAUGGCGGCGUGUCCUCAGCUGCCUGUGCAGCAUCGCUGGCUGCAUCCAAAACGAAUAAAUCAGUACAGAAAACUCUGGACAAGCUUUUUGUGAAGGGUACAGCUCAUAAGGCUAAGGUUCUUGCCAUGCAAUCUGGUGAGGUUUCGGGUUGUUCCAGUGAAUUCAAGAGCUUGAUGUCUGUUCCAACACCGGGAGCUCUGCAACUGAAGAAGCACCUGGCACCAGCUGUCUCCAAGGACCCACAUGGAUCUCCUGUUCAGUCCAUAUCAGCUUCAGACCUUCUAAAACAGCAGAAACAGAAGCAGAGGGAACUCAUGGAGAACCGACGUCUUCGGGUGGAGGGCAUCCAGGCGAGUGUGGUGCCAAAAUCACGUGACUCUUUACUGACAUCCCCCAAAGCAGCCCGUGGCGUCCCCAAGACCACCCAAAGCCCCGCAGCGCCGCAAACCCCCACGCUUGGACGGGGCUUGUCUAAAGACGAGGAUGUCCUCUUCUUUGACACCAGCCCGCCCCCUGCGCCGGUCGCCGCCUCCCUGAGCCUCUCAGCCACUAAGUUGGCGGCUCUGAGGAAGCUGAGAGCAAAGGGGAUGGCACUUGAGAAAGAAGACCCCAAUGCUGUGAAGAGGAAGAGGACAAACACCAAUGAGAUCAACACCCGUGUAGCGAAAAGUCUCACUUCACCCGAUGCUGAGUCGUCUGGUAGCGAUGAGCCGGCUCUGAAGAGAAAGCGAGAUCAGCUGAGCUACAUUCAGUCAGAGGAGUUUCAAAAGAUCCUAAAUGCUAAAUCUCGCCAUGGAGCCGUCCUGGAAGCGGCUGAGUAUCAGAUUCAGGAGCGGUACUUUGAUGCACUGGUGAAAAAGGAGCAGAUGGAGGACAAAAUGCGGAGCAUCAGAGAGAUGAAGUGUCGCGCCGUUACCUGCAAACAGUGUAAAUACACAUACUUCAAAGCAGCAGAUCGCUGCGUCGGGGAGAAUCAUCCUCUCUGCUGGCACGACGCUGUGAAACGUUUCUUCAAGUGUCCGUGCGGACAGAGAGCCAUCGCCCUCGACAGACUGCCACACAAACACUGCAGUAAUUGUGGUCUGUUUAAAUGGGAGCGUGAUAGCAUGCUGAAGGAGAAAAAGGGGCCAAAAAUCGGUGGAGAACUUCUCCUACCGCGAGGAGAGGAGCAUGGAAAGUUCCUCAGCAGUCUGAAGUAGAAUGAAUUUUAAUUUUAGCCGCACUGCAGCAACGUGCUAAUUACUGGAACAAAAAUGUUUUGGGAUUUUAAGUGGAUGUUAAUUUGUUUUUAUUGUGACUUUUAAUGCUGUUCAGUAACUAAUCAUGGAACAAAACAUGUAUGAUAUU